AGGGGUGUCCAUAGCAACACUGUCUCGUUACCUGAUGUCUAGCGUAGCAUGCAUCAGAAAAACCGGAGCUUCUUUUACUGCGUAUUUUUGAACUGAAAUGUUAUAUUGGGUAAAUUUAGUGAUUAGUGAUUAGUCCAGCCUUAAAGUAUAAGCUUUAAAGUUCGUUCUCAUGGCUGAAAAGAGGCGCUCGGGGGUCGCUGCGGAGCCCAAAUCAGCCAAAGCCGAGAGCGACGAGGAGUUUCUGUCUCAGGCCGGAGUGGACGCGCUGCUCCGCAGCACGCUGCUGAAACUAGUGGAGGCCCGACCGGAGGAUCCGAUAGGAUUUCUGGCUGAACAUUUCACUAUCGAGGCCUCGGAGAAUGAGAGCGGUGGAGGAGGAGAUGGAGAAGGGAAAUAUCAGGACGCGCUGGAGGACCAGCAGCUGAACAAGGCGCUCUGGCAUCUGAGCUUAGCGCAUCACUCUCAGAGAUCUGCCUUCAACAGCAACAUCCGUGUGGCUUAUGAUCUGCUUAGCCAGUGUGGCUCCACCCGGAGCGUACCUGGUGGAGUCCAGGGUCGACUCUACACUGAGAUGCUGCGGUGUGUGUGUAGUGACAGUGGCCUGUCGGAGGCAGCGGCUGCCCCACUCCUGCGCCGCCUGCGGUGCCAUGAUUACGAGGCUGUGCCUUUUGAGCUCUUCCGGCAGGCGGUGCUGAUGUGCUCGGCGUUCUCCGAGUAUGUACGCAGAGCAAGGUGCCUGUACACUGCCGUGGCAUGCCAUCCUGAGCGGCCUGCGGAGCGGGAAUUAUGUGUUGCUGUCCUCAACGCUCUGCGAGAGGCACUGGACACCUCACAUGGGCCUGAUGCUACACGUUACCUAGAGGCCAGUGCCAAGAUCUCACCUGCUGAGCUGGCACGAGCCAUGGCCGAAACACGAGGUGCCAGCAGGGAGCAGGAAGGGCAGAGCAUGGACAUGCAUGAGUUUGAGGAUGCCGCCGCUGCACUCUUUAUAGCCAGAGUGCGAGUGGUAAACUGAGUUAGAAUGCAGAUAAAGACAUCUGUUAUUAGGACUGAUGUGAUGCCAAUGAGCUAGUUCAUAACUAGUGCAUUUGGACUGAAUGUUCUGACAUCAGAACAUAUGAGUAACUCCUCACAUGUCUCCAGAUUUGUCGAUGAGAGAGGUCAGAGGAAAAUGGCCAGACUGGUUUGAGCUGACAGGAAGGAUACGGUAAAUCAAAUAACCACUAUUACGACCGUGGUGAGCACUAAAGCAUCUCAGAACUCACAUAGAACUGUGAUGAGCUACAACAGCAGACCACAUCAGGUUCCACUUCUGUCAACUAAGAAUAGGAAUCUGGGACUACAGUGGCAAAGAAUUGCUGAAACUGGACAACUGAAAAAAAAAAUUGUAGCCUUCCUAUCUGGCCAUUUUCCUCUGACCUCUCUCAUCAACAAACACGCUGAACUGCUGCUCACUGGAUGUUUUUUUGUUUGAAAGAUCAUGAAUCACCUUCUGACCAGUCAUAUUGAGCAGCUCAACAACACUGUGGUAUAACAGUUAACACGAGUCUUUAUACAACUGUCAACCAUAAAUCCAGAAUUGUUUCAACUUGGUUGAAUAAUCAGUCCCUCCAGGAUCUCGUGAUUUUGCGAGUGUGUAAAUGAAUGCAAAAUCAAGCAAACUCCACAGUAUUCGGAGGAGCUUGCAAUUUUUCAAAAAUACUUCAGAUUUUCCGCAGAUUUUGGCCAAGUCUCAUCAUGUGACAUCAUCACAAUGCGGCAUGUGAUGUAAUCACAACAUGCGUUCAGUCAAAUCCCCCUUCGAUUCACAUGCUUCUAACAUGAGUACAGCUAAAAGGUCUCAUUUACCAACAAAUAUCACUGCGAAAAACCGUGCAAAACAAUUUUGUGCAAUUGCAGUUUUGCCAAUUCAAGUAGUUUUCUGCAACAAAAAAAGGACAACAACUCAAAUCACAUCAUAAAUUUUGAAAAAAAAUCUAAAAUUUUUGGCCGUAACAAUCACACAAAACUCCUAUUCCAGACUGAAUAAUAUAUACAGGUGCAUCUUGAAAAAUGAGAAUAUAGUGGAAAAUAAUUUUUUUUCAAUAAUUUAAUUCUAAAAGUGGAACUUUCAUGUAUUCUAGAUUCAUUACACAUAAAGUGAAAUAUUUCAAGCUUUUUUUGUUGAUGAUUACAGCUUACAGCUGAUGGAAAUCAAAAAUCCAGUAUCUCAAAAUAUAUGAAUAAAGAUUUCCAAAUGAAAUUGAUUGUGGUUGUGUGUACUGAACCAGACCGAGAGAUUAAAGGCUCAGGAAACCUUUGCGGGUGUUUUGAGUUAAUUAGCUGAUUACAGCUCUUCUCAGGUUGACAUUUUUGUAUUAUAAAUUCUUUAUUCGAAUAUUUUGAGAUUGUUAUGGAAAAAGUUCUCUGGUAGGUGAUAAAUGUAUGCCUAUAUUCAUUUAGCUAAUGCAGUGAAUUAAUUUUUUUAUGUUAAUAUGUUCUUUUCAAUAAAAGACUCACAAACUUUG